AUGCUCAUCACUCGGACAUUCAUGUUUUCCAGACUGAAGACUAGUCUAGUCGGUCAAUAUCGAUUUAUUUCAGUGAUGCCAGAGAACCUUGUUAAAAAAGCGAAAAAGCUCUGUGCUUAUGCUGCUGUCGACUCUAAUUUGGACCUUUCCAAGCAUCGAAUCAUAGGUAUAGGUUCAGGCUCUACAGUGGUAUACGUUGCUGAACGUGUGGGCCAGCUUCCGAACAAGGACAGACUAGUUUGUAUACCGACAGGUUUCCAGUCGAAGCAGUUAAUAUUGGCAAAUGGACUCAAUUUGGGCUCUAUAGAGGAAUACCCAGAGAUUGACAUCGAUUUCGAUGGUGCAGACGAGAUCGACUCUGAACUAAACUGUAUUAAAGGCGGAGGAGCAUGUCUUUUACUAGAAAAGUUGGUUGCUGACUGUUCUAAACAGUUUAUUCUUGUGGCGGAUGAUCGGAAAAAUACCGGCAUAUUGGGCAAACAUUGGACGCAGGGAGUCCCUAUAGAGGUUGUUCCAAGCGCAUAUACGAAGAUCUCAAGACAGUUAACGGUAUUGGGAGGAAAGCCAACUGUCAGACCGGGUGCUCCAGCAAAAGCAGGACCUGUCAUUACAGAUAAUGGCAAUUUCAUCAUUGAUUGUGACUUUGGUGAAAUACCCUCUAAUAAGUUACAGGCUCUAAACGAUAAGAUCGUCGCCAUGGUUGGUGUAGUGGAAACGGGACUAUUCGUUCACAUGGCUGAAAAGGCAUACAUCGGUAAUAGUGAUGGUACCGUGACCAUAGUUGGCAAAUAA